AGUCUACAGUCCUGACGCUACAGAAGCACCAUCUUAGGGGACUUGCCCAAAGGCCUUGAAGAACCCAUCCAAAGCCAAUUGGCAUGGCCUCCAGUUCUUGCAGCCCACACCCCUGGCCCAAGGUGCUUCCUAUUCCAAGUAACAAGAAUCAAGAUACUUCCCUCAGCCCUGGGGAAUAGGACCCCUUCUCCUUCAGCUGCAACUAUAAGUUCCAGUCUCCCGGCCUCAGCCCAGAACACGCAGCUACUCACACCAUGAAGCUCAGCCACUUACUUGCCCUUUGCCUCACCCUCUGCCUGCUGGGCUUGGCGAACUCAGGAAAGACCUCAGACAAUCUCAAACAAGAGGCUUCCCAGGACUUGUUCCAAAUGCCCCCUGACCUGUGCCAGCUCCCCGAAGCGAGGGGCCCCUGCAAAGCUGCUUUGCACCGGUACUUCUAUAACUCUACAUCCAAUGCUUGUGAGCGCUUUACCUAUGGAGGUUGUCAGGGCAACGACAACAAUUUUGAGACCGCAGAGAUGUGUUUGAGGAUCUGCAAAGCCCCUGAGACCAGGGACAAGAGCCGCUGACGGAGACACCUGCACGUUCCCAGGCUUUGACCAAAAGCUGCCUCGGCGGCCCUUCCUGAUUGAAGGCCCUGUUCUGAGCCCAUCCUGUAUCCCUCUGGGACUGGGUCAAUAAACUGUUCAA